AUGUUUCCUCUCUGUUGAUAUCUGGAAUUUAUGCAAAUAGUUAUUUGAAAUAAUUCUAACAUUUUUCCUGAAACGAUUUUACUUUUAGAAUUUAGAAUUAUGUUCCGAAUGGUUUUCCGAAUGUCCUCAGUUCUGAUUGCAAUUCAAAAGGGUUUCAUCACUGUGAUGAUCACAUGUUCUCCUGGCUCUCCUGUCAUCAUAGUUAUGCAUAUUGUUAUAAGGCCUAAACGCCAAAACAACACAUGUCUUUAAGUAUAUUGAAAACUGUACUGUAAAAGAUGACAGACCCAAAAUCAAACUUUGGAUACAUCUGAGCACCUGUCCCGUUACCAACCAUGCAAACAUCUCCAAACUUAGUUUAGACAAAAGUUUAUCAGUUUAUAUCUGCCCUGUGACAUUGAAUAAUCAGUGAUACAGAAUUUUUGAAACAUUUUCAAGUCAGCCUAUGGAAUGUUUACAACUGAAAACAUGCCUCUCUCCAAAAGUUCACUUUUUGAUAGUGGAAGCUGGAAGAAGCAGAAAGAAGAUGGAGGAAGGAGUGUCUAGCUGUUUAACCUCAGAGGGCUUCAUUCAUUGGGAACAAGCACGCUGUUACCUCUCAGAAAUGACAAUAACUGAUGGCUAUGACUACUUUCUGUCCUGUGUGGAGUCUCUGUCUCCAGUAUUCUUUGAAGUCGAGGAGCACCUGUUGUCAAAGCAACAGAAAGAAAUUUGGAUGAAGCACAAGAUUUACCUUGAAUGGAUACCAGAGCCUCAUCUUUCUGCAGUAGAAGAUUCUCUGAACUUUCUGAACUCACCUAAUCCGUCCCACCAUAUCCUAGCUCUACAGCUGAUGUCGUCCAUUCUAGAGAGAACACUGGGUGAUGUUUUUGAAAAUGAAAGUUCCUCUCAAUGCCCUUCCCUUCUGAAAGACAUUCUUAACUCAGAGGAGAUAAACCAAGUGUUUGGAAAACAUGUGGUAAGUGUACAGAUUUUGCGAGCGUUGAUGGGCCCACCGACAUCGCUGAACCUGAGAAAUGUAGUGUGGCAUGGAUUUCCUAACAUUGGGGAAAUACCAAGGAGAUAUGGAUGUUUUCUUUACCUUACCCUUCCAAGCUUGGGUAAAAUCUUAGAUGAGAAGGGGAAGGGUAUACAGACCCAUAGACAGCUGAUGAAGCUCAGACUCAACGUGGAUAAUACAUGUGAUAUUCCUGACUUAAUCCCACAAAUUCCACUGGUGAAGGAGUUGAUUGAGGUCACUCAACCAUUCCACAGCCGGCAGGCAUUGUUACAGUGCUCGCUCGAGUUGAUGGCGGAGAGGCGGUAUACAUAUGCAGUCGCCUUGUUACUUCCUCAGCUAGAACACAUUUUACGAUUGAUGUUUGCCUCAGUCAACAACUGCUCAGAGCGAGUUCUUACAGCCGAGUCAGAUACAUUGUACACAACACUGGAUGAGAUUUUUGAAAAGUACUUGCCAAAUGGAGAUGUAAACAAAAUUUCAGAGGCACUUGGAGAAAGCCUUAUGGAUUUGUUGUUUGACCUCAUGAUCUACCCUGAGGGACCUAGGGUUCGAGACAAGGUCAGCCAUGGAGAGGCUAACUUACAGGAUAUCCCAGAAUCCUUGGCCCUUGCUGUUCUUGUUGCUGUGGUAAUGGUCAUGUGGAAAUGUUCAAAAUUUACAACUUCCAAUGAGAAUGAGUUUAUAAAAGAUCUAGCCAUAUUCGAGUCCCGGUACUGCUCUGCAUUCCACCCUAUGUCAAUUAUCAAGCAAAAGAUAAUACAAAUAGUGGAUAUUGUUGCCAAGUUACCUGAUGCCAUGCAGUAUGAUGAAACUUUAUCUUUAAAAGUUCUUAGUCCAACAUUUGAGCUAUGCCAGGAGGACAGAGAAAUGUUCGAGGAGAUACAGAGUGUUACUGAAGACUGGGUGCUGUUUAUUUGUCAGGACUGGGAUAUUCAGCUGACUCCUGAGGAAAUCAACAAAUGUCUUUUUCAGGUGUUUAGUGAUGGGAAAGCAAUGAUCAAGCUUUGUUUGAAGGAGAAACUCUCUACUCUCUAUAGAUUCAGUGCCAACCAACAAAUUUCCCAGGCAUCUAACAGUCACAUCAGUGGACGGACAGGUGCUUGUCUGUUGGAGAUUGCUGGUCUGUUGACUCGAGUGUUGACAGAGCUAGAGCGCAUGAUUGUACAGGUGCUGAGUGCACUAAGGUCAAGACAGGAACAGCUGGAGAAGAGGCUACUCAGAUCCAGACAGAGGGACAACCUUGUGCGGCUCAUCAGAGGCUGUCCAUUCUUUCACCACUGUGUACACUUCGUAUUGCUGGUUUGUUCCUGGAAGCUGCUUACUCUAAACAAGCAGACAGGUCCCAAACUUCUCAGGUUUCUGAAGCAGCUUCUACAGUUUGUCGAAAACCUAAGGACAUUUACCAGUUCAGACAAAAAUAAGUGGACAGAAUGUGUGUCCUUGUACAGGGAGUUCAUACCCAAGGUCAAGGUCACAUUGAGUGAUCUUAAGAACACACCAACCUCCAGAAAAUGAAAAGACAUUCAUGUGAAUGACGAAGUAUUGAAUUUCCUCCUCUUUCUGGCAACAUUCAACAGCGUGAUGAACCCUUGGCUCUAUGCUUACAAGAACACCCACAUUCGAUCUGCCUUCCGAAAAAUUUCUUCAACAGUAUCG